AUGAUUUUGGGACGUCAACAUCGUAGGCUGGCAGUCAUGUAUAAUAGUAUUCGGAUUUGUAGAUGCUUGAAAGCAUACCCAUCCACCAUUCGACAAUGUGGUGCUAGAAGGUCUUAUAGCCAGCUAUCUAGUAUGCAAUUGGACCUAAAACGAGCACUGCAAUCAGCUGAUUCGCAAUUAGUAAAUGGUUCCUCGUUUGUGGACAGAUCACAACUGAAGUAUGCACGACGACUGGUAGUAAAAUUGGGUAGUGCCGUAAUCACGAGAGAAGACGAACACGGAAUUGCCCUUGGCCGAUUAGCAUCAAUUGUUGAACAAGUAGCCGAAUGUCACCACGAGGGUCGCGAAUGCAUUAUGGUUACCAGUGGAGCAGUGGCAUUUGGGAAACAAAAGUUAACUCACGAAUUAUUAAUGUCUUUGAGUAUGCGAGAGACACUGUCGGCUAACGACCAUGCUAGAAAAGAUGUCAGAACAUUACUUAAGGCUAGAGCAGCUGCGGCUGUGGGUCAAUCUGGUCUUAUGUCUUUGUAUGAUGCCAUGUUUUCACAAUACGGCGUUAAGAUCGCUCAGGUUUUAGUUACUAAGCCUGAUUUCUAUAACGACGAGACAAGGAAAAAUUUAUUUAGCACGUUGUCAGAACUAAUCAGUAUGAAUAUUGUGCCUAUUAUCAACACAAAUGACGCAGUGACACCGCCGCCACAGGACGACGACCUCAUUAAUUCUAAUGGAAAGAAGGUUAUCAGCAUCAAGGAUAAUGACAGUUUGGCGGCUAUGUUAGCUGCCGAAGUUAAAGCAGACUUACUAAUUUUAAUGUCGGACGUGGACGGUAUCUUUACACGGCCACCAAAACAGGAAGGGGCAAAAAUGAUUUGGACAUACAAUAGUGAUAUGGCAGACAUAAUACAGUUUGGUAAAAAGUCAACUGUUGGUACAGGGGGCAUGGAUUCCAAGGUACAAGCGGCCACGUGGGCGUUAAAUAGAGGAGUUUCUGUUGUUAUCUGUAAUGGUAUGCAAGAAAAAGCCAUUAAGUCUAUCAUGGCUGGUAGAAAACUUGGAACAUUUUUCACCAAUGCUCCAACUGCUAAUACCACUCCAGUUGAAACACUAGCUGAAAAUGCACGUUAUGGAAGUCGUAUCUUGCAAAAAUUACCAGCUGUAGAUCGUGCAAGUGCCAUAUAUGCAUUAGCUGAAUUGUUAAUAACCAAACAAGCAGCUAUUUUAGACGCAAAUGAAAAAGAUAUAGCAAUAGCUACCAAGGAAGGAACCGCUGCUCCUUUGAUCAGCCGAUUAUCCUUGACACCGGCUAAACUCAAAAGCUUGGCCAUAGGUCUUAAACAAAUUGCCGAAACUAGUCAUACAAAUGUUGGUAAGGUCUUAAAGAGGACUAAGAUUUCUGAAAAUUUAAAUUUAACUCAAGUCACAGUUCCCAUUGGUGUUCUUCUUGUCAUUUUUGAAUCUCGACCUGAUUGUUUGCCUCAGGUAGCUGCUUUGGCGUUGAGCUCGGCAAAUGGACUUUUAUUGAAAGGAGGCAAAGAGGCGUCGCAUAGUAACAAAGCACUCAUGGAUGUAGUCAAAGAGGCAUUGGCCACAGUCGGUGCCCAGGACGCUAUAUCGUUGGUAUCGACUCGAGAAGAAAUCAGCGAUUUAUUGUCUAUGGAGAACCACAUUGAUCUUAUUAUUCCUCGUGGAUCUAGUGACUUGGUCCGUAGUAUUCAAGAUCAAAGUGCACACAUACCCGUUUUAGGGCAUGCUGAAGGAAUAUGUCACGUAUACGUGGACAAGGAUGCCAACCUGGAUAAAGCUUUGACUAUUAUUCGUGAUUCCAAGUGUGAUUACCCAGCCGCAUGUAACGCCAUGGAAACUCUCCUAAUUCAUGAAGAUUUGUUUGAAUCGUCGUUCUUUAAUGAAGUCUGUGAUAUGUUGAAGAGAGAAAACGUUCAAUUAUUUUCUGGUCCAAAAUUAUCAUCUCGUUUAACUUUUGGGCCUCCUCAAGCUAAAUCUCUUAAACACGAAUACGGUGAAUUAGCUUGUGCUAUUGAAUUGGUCUCUGGACUGGACUCUGCUAUCAAUCACAUACAUACAUAUGGAAGUGGUCAUACAGAAGUUAUCAUUACUGAAAACAGUGAUGCCGCUACAAAAUUCCAAAGAGAUGUUGAUAGCGCCUGUGUAUUCCAUAAUGCUAGCUCAAGGUUUGCAGAUGGAUUUAGAUUUGGUCUGGGCGCCGAGGUGGGCAUUAGCACGGCAAGAAUACACGCACGUGGUCCUGUGGGAGUCGAAGGACUACUGACAACCAAAUGGAUACUGAACGGCGACGGUCACGCAGCAGCCCAAUUUGCAGAAGGUGGCAGCCGGACAUAUGUGCACGAACACUUGCCCGUCGAUAACUAGCUAUCACAUGUAAGCACGAUGCGCAAAUGUUGUGAGCUUUUCAACGCUAUUGUCACAAAGGUGGAUAAAAUGUUUUUUGUCCGAAAACUUUGAAAACCAGAUGAUUAAUCAAUUAUAAUUAUUUCACUGCAAA